AUGGAAACCUUACUGAUGGAGAUAAGAAGAUGGAUGUCUACUAAUAUGCUGAAGCUCAACGAUGACAAAACUGAAAUCAUUGCUUUAGAAGGUCCUCGUCGCAAUCGUGUUGAACUACCACCGAUGAUAAUUGGCAAUGAAGUGAUUCCUGUCUCCAAAUCUGUUCGUCUUCUUGGUGUAGACAUGGAUAGUAACAUGACACUUAAAGGUCAUAUUUGCUGUGUUGCGAAAAAGUGUUUUGCUACCCUGAGAAACAUGUUCAAGAUCAGGCGGUGCCUCAAUGAGACUGCUGCCAAAGCAAUGGUUCACACUAUGGUAACAUCUAACAUUGACUACUGCAACGUCCUCCUAUGUGGUCUGCCACAGUCUACACUAAAAUAUCUAUCAAAAAUUCAAAAGAUAUCUUUACGUUUUAUCUCACAAAGUGCCAAAUACGGCCAUGUAACACCAGUGUUGAAAGAUCUACAUUGCCUGCCUAUUGAACAGCGUAUAGAGUAUGAAGUUCUAGUGAUGAACUCUCUCCACAAUACAUCGAGGAACUAA